UUACGUUGUGUUACGUUGUGUUCUUGAACGCGUCCCUGGAGUUCAGUCCCGGGUUCACGCUGCAGACACAACGCUCUACCGACGAGCUCCUCCUGGUCUGCUGGUCUCUGCUGACUGGUCUCUGCUGACUGGUCUCUACUGGACGGACUGACUGGUCUCUGUUGGUCUCUGCUGGUUGUUUCCGGUUGAACUCCGAACCACGAGCACGCAGGAUGUCGCGCGGCAUGGAUGAGGAAGAGGAUAGUAAUAUGUGCUUUGACACUGACUCGGACACUGCAGACAAGAAGGAUGAUACCAAGUGUAAAGUCAAAUGGACUCAGGAAGAGGAUGAAAAUCUCAAAAUCGUGAUCAGCAACUUUGGGAAAAAGGAUUGGAAAACCAUUGCCAGUUUUUUACCGGGUCGGACAGAAUUCCAGUGUAUGCAUCGCUGGAGAAAAUACCUCGAUCCUGAUUUAAUCAAGGGUUUCUGGUCCAGAGAGGAAGAUGAAAAGAUAGUAGAGCUGGUGGGCAGGUACGGAACCAAACACUGGUCUUUGAUUGCUAGGCACCUGAAAGGACGGAUGGGGAAACAGUGUCGUGAGCGCUGGCACAACCACCUCGACCCACUGAUCAAAAAGAGCUCCUGGACUAAUGAAGAAGACCUUAUCAUCUACAAAGCCCACUCCAUAAUGGGAAACCGCUGGGCUGAGAUUGCCAAGCUGCUCCCUGGAAGGACUGACAAUUCUGUGAAAAAUCACUGGAACUCUACCAUCAGACGUAAAGCUGAGCUGGGCUUGUACAAAGACGACGCUGACAGCAUUACCCUUGAUAUUCAACAGUUUGUUGAAGGAGAGGUGGACUUCAAGUGUGACGUUGUAUUAGACACUGAACCAGUAUAUCCUAUAGUGGUCAGGCCAGUGAAAGAAAAGAAGCCGGUAUGUCAGAAAGUCAAGCAGAAGACGGCCGCUCUGCUUCCACAGACUUUAGCAUCCAUGAGUUCCUCUUUGCCCCACAGCUCUAGUUUCAGUCCCAACUCCAGCUCAGGCGCUGCACCAGCAGCCGCGUCGGUGGACCAGAAAAAGUUUACCAGCGCGGCACUGAGGAUGAUCGCUGAAGACAUGCUGCCACUCAGUUUUGUUGAAGGCGCAGGCUUCAGGUCGUUCAUGAGUACCAUCAGUCCUGAAUGCCACAAGCUCUCCCAGCGUGUCAUGGGCCUACAGCUCUAUGAUGAAGUGGAGAGAACCAUCAAGCCUCAGUUCAUCCGUGAGCUUAAAGCGUGCCUUGCCAAAACCAAAGAUGGGCAGAGUGCUAUUCAUGUCACGUUUGACCUCUGGGCAGGGAAUCAAUCCCAUCCAGUGGAGGAGCCCAUUGUUGUUGUGCAGCUCCACUUUGUCAGUGAUUCCUGGCAGAUACGUCGUCCUGUUGUAGCCUUCCGCCACCUCAGCCACAAAAACCUCAGCACGACUGUGGCCAGGGAGCUUGAAGGUGUGCUGCUAAGCUACGGCAUCUUUCCUCACAACAUCGGCUAUGUGCUCGCCAACCAAGCCAAAGAAACCCUGGCUGGGAAUAACUUGUUCUGCGACUACAAGAUCAUGUGCUCAUCCAACAGGGGAGAACCAGAUGGAGAAGAGAUGGUGGCAUUUCUCUCAGACCAGAUGUCUGAAACAGAGUCCCCCUUUUCAGAGCUACAGAUUGGGACUAGAACCACCUGUGUGGCUCACACGUUGCAGCUUGUGAUCAAGGAGGCACUGAAGAACUCCAGAGUUGUGGAAAACCUGCUCUCGCAGGUCCACAAUGUGGUGGCUUUUUUUAAGAGCAGUGCCUACUGGAGCGAGGUCUUGUUGAAGGAGUGCAACGUUUCCCUGUGCCCUUCAUCCAGUAACUGUCGCUGGAACUCCAUGAUGCUCUCUUUACGUCGUAUGGUGCAGGAGUCUGCCUGGAGCGCCAUCAUGACUCUUUUAGCCCAGGCCCGCACCGACGCCAACGACACAGCCAGUGCCCCGCCUCUGGUCAUGGCCAAGAGGGAGCAAGUGAUUGACAUCCUGGGUCUCCUUGAGCCCUUUGAGGAGGCCUUGCAGGUCCUGCAAGGAAAUGGAGUGACCAUCUCUUUCAUCACACCGUCCCUCAUUGGCCUUGAUAAAACAUUGGAGAGCCUUGUCACCAACUACACCCACUUCAACAAGGCCCUGCGCACAGGCCUCCACACACAUUUCCAGUCACUUAUUCACCAGAAGGACAUGAUAUUAGCUGCUGUGCUCGACCCCAGGAUCAAACUGCAGCCAUUUCCUGAUGCCAAACAACAGGACCAGACAGGUUUCCUAACACCCCCAUCAAAGUAUCAGGCUCGCACCAUCGUGGAAGCCACACUAGGAAGCAUGGAGGCCCCAGCAGCUCCCUCUGUAGAGGCGGAUAAAGACCAGACAAGCAAAGAGUUGAAAAAGGAGCAAGAUGUGAAAGAGGCGAGUCAAGACAACACACUGAUGGAGGCCUCUGGUGGCAGCUCGGAUGACAACAACUGCGACGGAGUCAUCGAGAACGACCUCAAGCGCAAGUCCAUCUUUAACUUCCUCCAGCCACCUGCAAAGACCAUGAAGCCGGCCGAGCUUGAUGUGUACCUAUCCGAACCACUGUGGGAAAGCAACAACAGUGUGUUGUACUGGAAAUCUGCAACUCGGUUCCCCCUGCUCCAGGGCAUCGCCAAGAAGCUGCUGGCAGUACCGGCCACCUCAGGGGGCUUCGACCGGCUGUGUCCGAUGGCAGCGUGUAUCGUAAAAGCCAAGAGGAACCGCCUGCCUCCUCACACCACAGAGAGACUGCUUCUGUACAAAAACUCUCUAAAGACAAAGACUGUUAAAAAGCCCAGUGGGGUCGCUAAACACUGAUGGUUAAGUGAGUGUGGUUAACGUCCUCCACCAAACAAACCUACACGUUUGCUUCUCCAGUCACCGUACUUUGCCUUCACAGCCAAUUGUCACCAUCCCUCUCAAAUAAAUUCCUUUGAGCGUUUAAUUAAAAUAACUGAAUGUACCCUCAUUUCAACCUUGCAGUAGUAGUCAAGAGCAGCAAAAUAUAUUUAAAAGUAUAUUGAAAAUAAGGGCAAUCCACUCAGAAAUAUCUCUUCAGUCGUAAUAACAAGAUUUAGCACCAUGUGUGGGUUGAGAGUGAAUGGCAGCUUCUCUUUGUCCUUCACACAAGGUAGCUCCACUGCAUUCCAAAAACAGAGGUGUCUUUUGAGUAUGCAUUCACUAAAGGCUGAGAAAAAAGAAGAAAAUGGUGGUCAAAUUCUUUGACUUUGUGAAUCCUACUGGUAGCAUUUAAAAAAAAGACACUGGCAGACAGCAAUGCUCCUUAUGCCACUGAAAUCAUUUGAAAAAUGCUUACAUUUGCAAUACAAGUGCUACACAUCAUAGCUUUAACAUCAGCCUGUGUCCGUGAAGAAAUGGAUAUCAGACCAUGAUUCAGACCAUGAUGCAUGACUGGGCUAUUCACUAUCUAAAUCGACUAAUAUUUUCUAGUAAAACAUUUAACGAAUUGCAGAAAAUGCACUGUAAAGUUUUAGGUUUUCUUUUCUUCCUUUUAAGUUAUUGGUUUUGUAUGUUGUACAGCAGAUAGACUGCGUAGUGGGUCACUUGGUUGUAAAUGAAAUGAGACUGCCCCUCUUCAGCUUUUUGUAAAAUCCAUGUUUAUUAUCUAACAAUUUCUUUUCAUUUUUGUAAUGGUCAGCAAUGCUUUUAAGGUGCUGAUGAUCAACUGGUUUGCUCUUAACCGAUUUGUGAUGUCUGAUGGAGGUCGAUGGGAAAGGUCACUGUCUCCUCUGUGGACAGGUAGACCUUCACACUGAAUGGAAUGGCAGCACACUGAUUUAAAUGAUUGUUCAUCAUGGUGCCUUAUAAACACUAGUGUGACCUCUCCACAUGGAAAUAUCCAGAGAAUGAACUUGUAUUAAAGAAUAAAUCUAUUUUCUCUAAGGUUACCAGUACCCCAA